CCCUCUUUUUUUUCUUCCACUCCAUCUUUUCUCCACUAAACCCAAUCCUUCUCUUCACUUUCUGCUUUCCCCACACUUUCUCUCCAUCAACCCAAGCAACUAAUUAUCAAUCAUGGAUGAGCAAUACGACGUCAUUGUUAUGGGUACCGGCUUGACCGAGUGUAUCCUCUCUGGCCUUCUCUCGAUCGAGGGCAAGAAGGUCCUCCACAUGGACCGCAACGACUAUUACGGAGGCGACAGUGCCAGUUUGAACUUGACCCAGCUUUUCAAAAAGUUCCGCAAUGGCGAGGCACCUGUUGAGAGUCUUGGAAAGGACCGCGAUUACAACGUCGAUUUGAUCCCCAAGUUCAUGAUGGCCAACGGAGAGCUCGUCAAGAUCUUGACCCAUACCGACGUCACCCGCUACCUCGAGUUCAAGCAGAUCGCUGGUUCGUACGUGUACCGUGAUGGCAAAAUCGCCAAGGUCCCCGCCACAGAGAUGGAAGCCGUCCGCAGUCCCUUGAUGGGUCUCUUCGAGAAGCGUAGGGCCAAGAAGUUCUUUGAAUACGUUCAGACCUACAGACAAGACGAUACAUCCACCCACCAGGGCAUGGAUAUGGCCAUUACUCCCAUGGAGGAGGUCUACAAGCACUUUGGAUUGGAGCCUGGCACCAUCGAUUUUAUCGGACAUGCCUUGGCUUUGCAUUUGGAGGACAGCUACCUGAGCCGCCCUGCUCUCGAGACCUUUGAGCGCAUCACCUUGUACAUGUCCUCGAUGGCUCGCUGGGGCAAGUCUCCUUACCUUUAUCCUCUCUACGGUUUGGGAGAGUUGCCUCAGGGCUUUGCUCGUUUGAGUGCUAUCUAUGGCGGUACUUACAUGUUGGACAAGAAGGUUGAUGAGAUCGUCUAUGAGAACGGCAAGGUCGUUGGAGUACGCUCGGGCGAUGAGACCGCCAAGUGCUCCCAAGUUAUUUGCGAUCCCUCGUAUGCCCCCGACAAGGCCCACAAAGUCGCACGCGUGAUCCGCGCCAUCUGCUUGCUCAAAGGCCCCAUCCCCAACACUGAGAACGUUGACUCUUUCCAGUUGAUCAUCCCUCAAAACCAGGUUAACCGCCAGAACGAUAUCUACAUUGCCGGUGUCUCUGCCUCGCACAAUGUCUGCGACAAGGACCAUUACCUUGCUAUUGUCUCCACAAUCGUCGAGACCGAUAACCCACAGGAAGAGAUCCAGCCUGGUCUUGCUCUCCUUGGCCCCAUCGUUGACAAGUUCGUGCAGAUCGCUGACAUUUGCGAACCCAUCCAUGACGGAACCAAGGAUCAAGUCUUUGUUUCCAAGUCGUACGAUGCCACAUCGCACUUUGAGACUGUGUGCGACGAUGUCAAGGAUCUGUACAAGCGCAUCACCGGUAACGAUCUGGUGUUGAAGCAGCGCCUGACCCAGGAGGAGGAGCAGAAGGAGAUGGCUAGCCAUUAAACCAGUCGAGAUCAAUGCUUAGCUCUACGUAUAUUUUUUUUUCAGUUUUUUACAAGCUUCGUUUAAAGGGGGUUAUGAAAUAAAGUCGACUAUUGUGCCAAGAAA